UCCGGGGAGGGGCGAAGCGCGAGCAACACGCGCUGCGCGCACCCCGGCGGCCCCGUCCCGGCGGUCUGCGGUCGGCGCGCCGCUGGGGGCGACCUUCUCGGAGGCAGGAGGGGCCGACGGAGGAGGCGCGGCCGGCGGAAGCCAUGUUUGUCGCGCGUAGCAUCGCGGCGGACCAUAAGGAUCUUAUCCAUGAUGUCUCUUUCGACUUCCACGGGCGACGGAUGGCGACCUGCUCUAGCGACCAGAGCGUCAAGGUCUGGGAUAAAAGUGAAAGUGGGGAUUGGCAUUGUACUGCUAGCUGGAAGACACAUAGUGGAUCUGUGUGGCGUGUGACAUGGGCCCAUCCUGAAUUUGGACAGGUUUUGGCUUCCUGUUCUUUUGACCGAACAGCUGCUGUAUGGGAAGAAAUAGUAGGAGAAUCAAAUGAUAAACUUCGAGGACAGAGUCAUUGGGUUAAGAGGACAACUCUAGUGGAUAGCAGAACAUCCGUUACUGAUGUGAAAUUUGCUCCUAAGCAUAUGGGUCUUAUGUUAGCAACCUGUUCAGCAGAUGGUAUAGUAAGAAUAUAUGAGGCACCAGAUGUCAUGAAUCUCAGCCAGUGGUCUCUGCAGCAUGAGAUCUCAUGUAAGCUAAGCUGUAGUUGCAUUUCUUGGAACCCAUCAAGUUCCCGUGCUCAUUCUCCCAUGAUAGCAGUAGGAAGUGAUGACAGUAGUCCAAAUGCAACAGCCAAGGUACAGAUUUUCGAAUAUAAUGAAAACACCAGGAAAUAUGCAAAAGCUGAGACCCUCAUGACAGUCACAGAUCCUGUCCAUGACAUUGCAUUUGCUCCAAACUUGGGACGGUCCUUUCAUAUUCUAGCCAUAGCAACCAAAGAUGUGAGGAUUUUUACGUUAAAGCCUGUGAGGAAAGAACUUACUUCCUCUAGUGGGCCAACAAAAUUUGAAAUCCAUAUAGUGGCUCAGUUUGAUAACCAUAACUCUCAGGUCUGGCGAGUGAGUUGGAAUAUAACAGGAACAGUGCUAGCAUCUUCAGGAGAUGAUGGCUGUGUAAGAUUGUGGAAAGCUAAUUAUAUGGACAAUUGGAAGUGUACUGGUAUUUUGAAAGGUAAUGGAAGUCCUGUGAGUGGGAGUUCUCAGCAGGGAAACUCAAAUCCUUCCCUAGGUUCAAGUACCCCAAAUCUUCAAAAUUCAUUAAAUGGAUCUUCUGCUAGCAGAAAGCACAGCUGAGUACCAGCUAACUGGAGUAACUGCUGUUUUGCUGCUUGUUGCAUGCACACAGGAAUGGAAAACGAGCUUCUUUUCCCUUUCCCCAACACCGUUUGACCUCUCCCAAGAUACACCAGCAGCCUGCUUACUACUAAAUGCAAUCCAAAAGGCCUUUAAAAAUACAGUGUGUAUCAUUUUUUGCUACUAGCCAGUUUACUGAUAAUAUUUGAAACUUCUGAAAUAUAAAUGGAGAGGCUUUUUGUUACCAGAGACAUUGUUACCAGAACAAUUUUUUGAAAUGUUCCUGAAGCUAACAUGGGUCUUAAAAUUAAAAGGAUUGUUACCAUCCUUAUGAACAGUUGGGAGGAGGGAAAAUAUCACUUUAUUCCAUUUGGAUAAUAUAGGCUUAUUUCUUCUGUUUUCUAAAACAGUAAGGUAAAAUGAUGAAUUUUUAUGAUUUUAAUUUGAAGAAUGAAUAAAUAUUUUUCAUGUUUUGAGUGCUAAUCUAUCUUUUGUAGAAUUGGUUUAUACAUAUUAUUCAGUACAAUCUGUCAAUUUCUUUGUAAUAUUUAAAAAUAUUAGUAGAGUGAGAGAAGUAGUAAAAUGAAAGUAAUUUGUACGUUUUGUAGCCAGAGCAUUGGUAUUGCCUCAUGUAUAAUUUGGUAGUACAAUGAAAACACCUUUGUAAGUUUGUAAUUCAUAUUCACUAUAGAGAUAAACGUUUCUCAUAUGUGUUUCUAAUAGGUAUUUGUGUAUUUUUAUGGUGUGAUCCCAGGCUUAAGGUUUCCUUCAGGUCAAAAUUUGGAAACAUAGAGAAGCAGUUAAAAUGUUGCUCAAGUUGUGCAUGCACAUUAAAUUAACCUACACAUCCCAUGUCCCAGGAUUUUCUUAGUUUAGUUGUCUGCUUCAUUUGGUUGAAGUCCUCUAGAACUCUGACCUUGAUGACAAAACUAUAAAUCUGUUUGCUAACAUGCAUAAGUAUUAUGGGUCAUUUGUCAAAAAAGAGAAUAGUAACAAUAGGACAUAUUCUUUAAGCCCUUUUACUUAUCAACAUUUUGUACUAAGGUUUUUGCAGAAAAACAGCUAAGUGUAUUCAAAUAUUGUAUUCUUUAAAAGUAUGGUGCAAUAGUUGGCUAUACUAUAUGAAAAUGUAUUUGAAUUGGUUCUCAGUAUCAUGUAUCCAUGAAAAAAUGUGUGCCUGCUGAUACCACAAAUGAAGCAUUGUUCAAAAUAAAGAAAAAGCUUAUUAGAUUAGUAAAUUUACAGGAUGUCAAGGAUGUUUCUGAGAAAAUGUU